CCUUCUCCUCGGGCGCCCUCUUCUCAGCGUUCCGCACGCGUCACUCCAAAAGCAUCUUUGUACAUUACGCACGAACUUUGAGUAGGAAUGGAGACGCUCUUAAACAACGAAGUUUUCUCCUCUUUUGUUUUUUACGCGGUUCUGCUCGUGCUAAAAAUGUACAUUAUUUCGAUCAUAGUGGGACAACUUAGGCUGCGCAAAAAGGCUUUUGCUAACCCUGAAGACGCACUCAGACAUGGGGGUGUACAGUUUGUCAGGCAGGACCCAGACGUGGAGAGGGCUCGGAGGGCCCAUUUGAAUGACAUGGAGAACAUCCUCCCGUUUCUCUUCAUUGGGGCAGUGUAUUCUCUAACUGGACCUUCAUUGUUUGUGGCCCGUAUUCACUUCCUGGUCUUCUUCUUGGCCCGUUUGGUACACAGUGUAGCCUACCUCUUCGCCCUGAAGGCCCCAACCCGCUCUGUCUCUUACAGCAUUGGACAGAUCUCUUGUAUUUUAAUGGCCGUACAGGUCUUGAUGGUGGUGGCCUCUUAUGCUUGAAUCAGACAUUUAUUAUUAUUAUUUUUUUUUUUCAAAAAAAUUAGCAAACCGGUGUUAAGUGCAAUAUAAAGCAGAAUAACACCUCAGCAUGGUUCUAAACUUGACUUCAGAUCUGAUCUGACAAAUUUGAAGUCACAUAUGGAAUUUACAUUAAAAUAUGUUUUUUGCACUUUUGCCAUGGUUCUCGAUUUUAACAAAGUUCAUUGAAUUAUUUAUCACCGCAUUAUGAAGGCUUGUUACAGACAUUUUGUUUUAUUGUCAUAACACUUCUCAGCAUUGACUUGUGUUUACAGCCAACAGACCACUAUUCUUGACAACAUUUUACAGGUUCAGUCCUAAAUGGACUCAUGAUGAAGCUGAUUGUCCUUAGUUGUUGUCUCAUGAAAAAUGUUGCUGCUGUUACGAAUGUUUAUACCAUUAUGUCAAUAAUGAACAGUGGUUAUAUUCUGCAGAUCUAACAAUGUAUUUGUGGUAAUGCUUUUAUAUGAUGAAAUAAUAAUUUAUUACAAAUACAUUUUUUUCCAAGAA